UCUGCAUGCACCAGGGGCAUCUACACCAGUCCACCGCUGCAAGAGGUUGGAGUAUCCACGGGGCGCUGCUGCAGAGUAAUCACCGCUGAACCACCACUAUACCACCACCACCACCAACACCAUCAUCAAUACCACCAUCAUGGCUCUAACAAGCGACCCCAACUACAAGAAGCUGGAGCAGUGGUACAAAGCAAACGCUGGCAGCCUCAACAUGAGAGCCAUGUUUGACGCCGACAAGGACAGAUUCAGCAAAUUCAGCACGACUGUGGCGACAGACGAUGGAGACAUUCUGCUGGACUACUCCAAGAACCUCAUCAACCAGGAAGUCAUGGCCAUGCUGCUCGCCAUGGCCAAGUCGAGGGGAGUGGAGGAAGCCAGAGAGAAGAUGUUCUCCGGAGAGAAAAUCAACUUCACUGAGGGUCGCGCUGUGCUCCACAUCGCCCUGCGUAACCGCUCCAACACGCCCAUCAACGUGGAAGGUAAAGACGUGAUGCCAGAAGUCAACCGAGUGCUGGAGAAGAUGAAGGCCUUCUGUCAUAAAGUACGCAGCGGUGAGUGGAAGGGCUUCAGCGGGAAAUCCAUCACUGACGUUGUGAACAUCGGCAUCGGGGGCUCUGACCUGGGACCUCUGAUGGUGACGGAGGCUCUGAAGCCGUACUCCGCCGGCGGACCCAACGUCUGGUUCGUCUCCAACAUCGACGGGACUCACAUGGCCAAGACGCUCGCUCAGCUCAACGCAGAGACCACGCUGUUCAUCAUCGCCUCCAAGACGUUCACCACUCAGGAGACCAUCACCAACGCCGAGUCUGCCAGAGAGUGGUUCCUCAAGGCAGCCAAUGAUAAAUCUGCUGUUGCUAAGCAUUUCGUCGCGCUGUCCACCAACGCA